GGACGCACACCCGCACUUUCCCGCGCGUGCCCGCACUUCCUGGGCUCCGUUCACACAGAACAAACGCCGGUGGGCAAGGACACUUCCAGCGCACAGAAACGUGUGCAGAACUGGGCGGAAGCACCGACUGCUCACAUCUGCAGGACACACGUACCCAGAGAGAGUUGGUUGAAGCUACUGUGGCACCGUACACCCCCCCAAUACACACAUAUCCCCAACAGCAUUCGUGGAGGCGGUCAGGGGACUCAGGGCACCCCUGUCCGCGGCACACCUAACAGCAUAUACAGACACGCCCCCAAAGUGAUCAGGGGACCCAGGGCGCCUCCCAGCCCCCAGCCUAGCAGGUCACAUAGCCUCACUCCUAGGGGUGCCAGACAGGAUGCUCUCAUAUUAGCAAGACAUCCACAGCUGUCCAAGGUCACCGAUGGCACAGUCUGUUCACCCUUCCUCUUAGGUCACACGCAAGCACCCUCCUUCUAACCAGGAGUCAGCCUCUCACUUGGUCAGUGAGUAGCUUGAAGGACAGGGUGUAUGAGGACCUUGACCACAAGAGGUGACUGGGAGAGGAUGAGGGCAGGCAGGGGCCUGGGCGUCCCCAGGGCAUGAUGAAGGAUGCAGAGGUGGAGAGGCAGGGUGUGGCUGGCCAACGGGCCUCAGGCUUCCCACAUGGUCAGAAAACCAAACAAACGCCCAGCCCUGGCUCUGUCCUGAUUUCCUGAGAAUUCGCUUCUGUUGGGAAUGGCUGCUGCUUAUACAGGUGUGUCCCCAGAAAGCCCUGGCCAUAGACAGAAUCCUGUUUACUCUCUCUGGUUUCCAUUGACAUCAGAGAUGCUUAUCUUCUUGGCUGGGUCCCUUCCAGAAAGACUAAAUGAGGGGUCUCAAGCCUGCACCCCUACCCCCACCAUAACUCCUGUGGCAGUGUGGGGGGAAGAGACAGGUGGCCCCACCUUCAUCACUUCCAGCUGCAUCAUUCUGGCACAUCAUUAGCUCUCUCUGAACCUCAGUGUUCUCAGCUGUAAAAUGGGGCUAAUUCCAACCACUCGGCACUCAGAGAAGGCUGCAUCUGGCGAGAGCAUGGCAGAUAGAUGCUCACCCGGUGUCAGCUUUCUCUUCACCCUUCCCUUGAGAGAGGAGACUCGCUGCUGACGCACGUGAUGGAGAUCCAUGAGUUAUUUCAUGGCGAGUUCUGAACUGGGUGGUCACGGUCCCCACCCGCCCUGGAAACCUAUGGCAUGCUCUGUCAAGAGCCUUCACAGCUGUUAUCUCACUGAUCCCUUCUGCCACCCACCACGCAGGCAGAGUACAACGUUCCCACUUUGCAGAUUCCAGAGGACAGAGACUGAAUCAGGAAGGGACAUGGGAGCUGUCCGCCGUCCCUGGCCUCCUCCUCGGCCCCUGCUGGGGCCUCGGCCCAGGAAUCGUGUGGACAGCCAGCACGAUGUCAAAUGCUCUUGGAGCUGUCACGAUGGGCUAAAUGGCUCAAAGAGAUGCUUGUCUCCUCUCCCUCCUGAGACACCUGUUCAGUGGUUUGCAGACCACAGCCCUCUCCCUGGGGCUCACAGAUCCUGCCUGUCUGUGAACAUGACCUCUGGUGACCUGGGACUCUCGCACCAUGUUGCCCAGCUUGGUACUCCUCCAUCCCUUGCCGGUGGAGUCCCCCCAAAUCCCUGUCAUGCUCUACCAACAGGCUGUGUUCCAGCCCUCACCAACACACCCACCAUCCGCUCUGUGUCAUUCUCAUGGUUUCUGAUGCCUUUGCCCACCAACACGACAGCCCUGGCCCAUACCCCUUCCCAGCAACCACCUUCCCAAAGGCUUCACGUCAGCCACCACUGCCCAAGGCCACACUCUGGGCCCCACUGUGCCCUGUGGCCAUGCUACAUCCGAGAUCACACUGCAGCCCAGGCUGGGUGGGGGGAUCAGACACCAGAGAAGGAAGAUUUCCGGCAGCACCCUUCAGGCUCCCCUACUGCUGACACUCUCAUCUGCUAGUCCCUGUAUCUCCACCUGUUCUGGACCCUCUGAAGUUCCCAAGCCCCCAGCAAAACACAGCCAGGCAGGUGACACCCCCUUACCUGGCAUUCUCCAACUUCCAUCACUUAUGAACCAGCUUCUCAACCAGGACCUGUGUUAUUAUUUACUUUAA